AUGGAUCAGAACGGCUAUAACUCCUCGGUGCUGCAGCGGCCACCACAAAGAGAAGAUGGUGGAGAUGACGACCGAGACUCCCGUCCGCAUCACCAUCAUCAUCACCACCAUCAUCACCAUCACCACAACAAUAGGCGCGACGGUGACUCAGCUGGACCUGGGCCUAUAGUGGGAGAAACGGCGACAGCCUCAUCGAAUGCAGGCGGUGCGAAUGUGCAUCAGCACUCCACCUUUAGUCUGCGCUCACCCAAGUCAGAAUACCGUCCUCCUCCCUUUACAUCUCCCAACGGCCAUAGCCAUAGUCAUAGCCAUAGCCACAGCCAUCAAAACACUCCAAGUGCCGGCCAUUCCCUUCAAUCCCCGCCUCGUCCAGCAUUGCCCAAUCCCUACAUGUCAUCGUCCACGGGCGCACCCGGCGGCCCCGUCGCUCCAUCACUUCCACCUCCUGUAGGCCUCAACUCAUCAUCACCUGGAUCGUCAGCUGCAGGACUUCAUCAGCAGCAGCAUCAUCGUCAACCUCCAGCACCACCGCCUGCUGGUCCUCCGCCCGUGUCGCCGCUGCACCCUCCUGUUGCAUACUAUCCUCCCGGGUCGAACCACGACAUUUAUAUACCGCGAGAAACCAAACCUGCAUCACGAGGUUUUUACGACCCUACAACUGAUACAACAAAGGAACGUCGAGUUUCUGACGCGGCGACGUCUGGAGCCUCCUGGCACAACGCCAACGCCAACGCCAACGCGCCCCCGGUUGGCACUCCAAAGACUCACGAUCCGUACCCUUAUUCGCAAUCUGCCGAACAAAGUACUCCUUCAUAUUACAACGGCUCUUACACGUCUCCACGAGGUCCAUCAUAUAGUCGGCCGCGAAGUCCAGCAUCGCAUUCGCAUCAGAACCCUCCAGCUGGUUCUCUCAGCCCUCCGGGGCGACAACCUCUACUCGCUUCUCCAAGUGCGAGACAUGGUGCUACAGCCAACAUGACUUCUACUACUAAUGGGGCUUCUGCCCUUACACCUUACAAGUCUGAUCUCGCAGCUCCAUCACCUCCAAAGCCGGCAUCGGCAAGCACAUCGAGGGCAAACCCAAUGUCUUUUGACAGCAUCCUCUCCAGCUCUGAGCCCGCUCGAAAACCCAAAGAACAAUCGCCUCUGAUUUCACGUGAAGCCGAAGUGGAAAUCAAGCAAGAGCGAGAUUCCAAACGUGACCGAGAACCGAAGCGCGACUCGCGGGAACCCAAACAGACAAAACGCUCCCUAGAACCCGAAGCGGAUCACGACACAGAGGUUGAAAAAGAUGUCGAGACUGAGCCCGAACCGUUUCCUGGUAGAGACAAAGAAAGAGACCCCCCUGCCAAGAAACGAGGAGGCCGAAAGUCAACAAAAGGCCGUGCUUCUGAUAUUCGAGAUGCCGCUACGCCCAAGAAUGGUCGCAGAUUAUCGAUUAAGAAGGAAUCGCCAACACCUCGACUUCCCGCCAAGCGACAAGCAAAUGGCCUGCCCAAGCCAAAGACUUGGUCAGCAGAGAUGGAGAAGAAGAUUCAGAACGCCGAGACACAGAUUGACAACAGGGCUUCAAAUCUGGAACCCGAUGAAUUUGAUCAGCAGCAAUACAAGGAGCGAGCUCAGAAGCGACGACGGGUAAUGGAUCAACUCGACCUGGAACACGGUCUCUCCCGGCGUACGGCUUUUGCGACUUCAACCGGCAAGAAGCUCGUACUCCACGCAGAGCUUGGUAAACGACGCUACGACGAUGUGUUUUACGACGAAGCGCUACAUGAGGUCCGUGAACAAGAAGUUUACGCCGAAAAGGAGCGUAAGAAGGAUAUGCAACGCAAGCGACGUCGUGAGAAGUCAAUGGCUGUUACCAUGGAGCAGAAAGAAGCAGCUCUAGCUCGUGCCGAGGCUGCUGAAGACGAAACCGAACGGCAGAAACAUCUUCGAGAUGCUGAACGCGCCAGUAAGAAGGCACAGCAGACGAAACUCAUUCUCCAGAAGGGUAUAAAGGGUCCUGCCCGUAACUUGGAGCUUAACCUGGAGGGUGGCACCAUGUCUUCAUUCCAGGCUUCUGAUGUGGAAUCUGGGGAAGCCGGCACGCCAUCUAGCAAGCGAAAGGGCAAGGGCCGUAGCGGACCUCGUCUCAAAAAGUCCAAGGAACAAAAGCAAGCCGAAAAGGAUUCUGCCGAAGCCGCUCAAGCCGCUCUUGAUGCCGGAGAGGAACUACCAACCAAAGAAGAGAACCGCGUUCGAAUCAAGAUCAAGAAAACCAAGAAGGAUCCUUCUGCUGAGACAGAGAAAGACAAGGACGACGGCGAUAAGACCGAAGACGAGCCUGUCGAGAAGAAAAGCAAGAAGAGCAAAGACAAAGACAAGGAGAAAGUCGAUGACAUCCCCGACAACGAGAAACGGUUCAUGUCCAAGGGCUACAACCAAAUUUACGACCAGAUUUGGCGAGACAUGGCUCGUAAAGAUGUCAACAAGACCUUCAAGCUUGCCGUGGACUCUUAUGCCACGAAAGCCUCAAAUCUUAAAAAGACAGCCAUCCUGGCAUCGAAGGAAGCAAAGCGCUGGCAAUUGCGGACAAACAAGGGUACCAAAGAUCUCCAAGCUCGAGCAAAGCGUGUUAUGCGUGACAUGAUGGGCUUUUGGAAGCGUAACGAGCGAGAAGAACGAGAUCUCCGCAAGGCUGCUGAGAAGCAGGAGAUCGAGAAUGCCCGAAAAGAAGAAGCUGACCGUGAAGCCGCCCGUCAAAAGAGAAAGCUUAACUUCCUUAUCUCGCAGACUGAGCUGUACUCUCACUUCAUCGGCAAGAAGAUUAAGACUGAUGAAGUUGAACGAAGUACCGACAACCCGGAUGUCGCCAAGGAUGCCCAUCAGAUUGACCAGCAGAAACUCGACAUCGAUGAACCGACAGGACCAGUCACUGGUAAGGUUACCAACUUUGAGAACCUUGACUUUGAGGAGGGCAGCGAAGAGGCUCUCCGUGCUGCUGCUAUGGCCAACGCUCAGAAUGCCAUCGCCGAGGCCCAGAAGAAGGCCCGUGACUUCAACAACCAGGGUCUUGACAUGGAUGAAGAGGGCGAGAUGAACUUCCAGAACCCUACGGGUUUGGGCGAUGUUGAGAUCGAACAGCCGAAGCUCAUCAAUGCCCAACUCAAGGAAUACCAACUCAAGGGUCUCAACUGGCUUGUCAAUUUAUACGAGCAGGGUAUCAACGGUAUUUUGGCAGACGAAAUGGGUCUCGGAAAGA